AUGCAAUACCUCCAACCCUCUCACUUAUACACUCGUUUAAUAGAUACAAUACCCACAGCCUUGCCUUGGUCCUCCGGGGAUCCAUCAGAGAAAGGAGACCCCAAAAAGAGUGUUAAAUGGAUUGAUGGCCUUCGAGGAAUCGCCUCAUUCCUAGUAGUGAUAACCCAUCUCACCCGAGCCUGGGACUAUGAGCUAUUCUCACCACGCGACAACGAAGACGCCAGCCCACGAAUCCUCCAAUGGCCCAUCCUCCGCAUCCCCUGGCAAGGCCGCUUGGGUGUAACCAUCUUCGCCUUCCUAACCGGCUACGUCUGCGCGCUAAAGCCCCUCAAGCUGUCGCGAGUAGGUGAUACAACAGGAGCAUUCGAAACAAUAGCAAAGAGCGCAUUUCGUCGACCGCCACGACUGAUCUUCCCUGCGACGAUUGCCCUUUUCAUCUCGUGGACUGUCGCGCAAUUCGGCGGUUUUAUAGUUGCCAAUAGGUCCGAUUGCUGGUGGUGUCGGUAUGCGGCACCGGAUUUAGAGGAUUCCUUUUGGAAGGAACUUAUUCGUUUGCCAAUGAAUUUCUUGUCGACUUGGACGACGGGUUAUAUGGCAUACGAUGAUCAUCAGUGGGCGCUUCUGCCGCUGCUUUGGUCGUCUAUGUUGGUUUAUCUGGUGCUUUCUGCGACUAUGUUCGUCAAGUUUCGGUAUAGGGUUGUGGUCUAUAUUGGCAUGUUGUUGUAUUUCCAUCAGAAUGCUGGCAAGGAUAUAGAAACCUUCCAAACGCAGGCCAUCUACGGCAUGCUCCUUAGUGACUUCUCCUACCACACAGCCCUCAAAGACUGGAUAGAAAAACACCCGCGAGGCCGGAAGAUGCUCACUAUCCCACUCACUAUUGUCGCAUUGCUCCUCGCUUCAUACCCCGGUGAAAAUCCCGAAUGGGCAGGUUGGUCUGACGUGAUGCUCGAGGCAAGCCAAUACAUAUUCCCGCCAGAAGUCAACGUCGGGAAACGCUACACUGCACUCGCAAUCGACAUGAUCAUCCUUGCGAUCUUUUUCUCCCCUUCGACGAAAGACUUCCUCUCUAGCAGACUCCUCCUCUGGUUCGGCAAGCAGAGUUUCGCUGUCUACCUCGUCCAUGGCACCAUGCUGCGCGUUGUGCUCUGCUGGAUGCUAUAUGGUAUCAGCGGUCAGCCGUGGAAGGGUCCUGAGCCAUUGACUGACGACGAGCGCGAUGACUGGUUGCCUAUCCGGCCCCCGUGGGUCGUUGGUAUUAGUAUUCCGGUCUGGAUCGGGCUUGUGUAUCUCGUUGCUGCGCUGUGGACGGCGUAUGUGGAUACGUUCUGUGCUUCUCUGACUCAGAAGUUGGAGAGGGCUGUUUUUGUUGAGGACGAGAAGACGCCGUUGCCUUUGCAAUCGGUUCCUAUGCAGACGACUUGA